GUACACAGUAAAGAAAAAGAUAACCCUAAAACUUGGUGGAGUGAAAUCAAACGCCUAGGAGGAAUGAAAUCAAUGAACAGCUCCCUAAUAAAUUUCAUAAAUAUCGCUGGUUUUGAAGAUAUAUCGGAACAAGAACUAGCAAACAGAAUAAAUACAGCUUUUCUUGAGCCCUUAUCAGAAUAUAAACUAUCUUCACCGUUAGAGCGACUUAACUUAGAGGAAAACCCAGAUUUCUUAGAAGUUUCUGAAGAAAGGGUUUUAUCACAGCUAAAAAAACUCAACCCCAGUAAAAGUGGUGGCCCCGACGAAGUGCCCAAUUGGCUCUUGCGAGAGUAUGCUGUAAUCCUUGCCCUCCCAAUUAGUCUACUCCUAAAUGCAUCCUACAAACAACAACGCCUACCUGCAAUAUGGAAACUUGCGAAUGUUUCACCGCUGCCAAAAGUAAAAAUAGUACAGGACCUGAAAAAAGAACUUAGGCCCAUUUCUUUAACACCUAAUAUUUCGAAGGUUGCAGAGCAUUUCGUUGUUAAUGAUUAUGUGAAACCAGCUCUUUUGAAGAAAAUUGACCCCAAUCAGUAUGGAGCAAUCCCUAAAUCAUCGACGAUUUUUGCUCUUCUUAGUAUGGUGCAUAACUGGACCUCCGGGCUUGACGGUACCGGUUCUACAAUUAGAAUCAUUCUACUCGAUUACCAAAAAGCUUUUGAUCUAAUUGAUCACAUAAUUUUGUUCAAAAACUACUUCAGUUAG